UUCUGAGGAAAUGCAGUGAGAGCAGAAGUGUUGCAACCACCUGUUACGGAAACACCCUCAUUUAAAAAGCACACAGGAAGUAUUGCACAUUUCUUAAAACACGAGUAGCACUGUUUGCUGAGAGGAGAGUGAUGGGAAAGAUGCAUGGGCAGAGUCAUAUCUUCCUGCUCACCUUCAUGGUGGCUGUUGCCAUCCCAAUAUCUUUGGCUUUCAACAUUGAUAUCACAAAUCCUGACGUCUAUACUGGUGAACAAAAGGAUUUCUUUGGAUACAAAGUGCUUCAAUUCAUGAAUGGAGAGAACAAAGGAAUAAUUGUUACUGCACCACUGCAGCUAAAUGGAUCUGGGGGAAUAUGCAAACCGGACCAAAACCAAACCACCAAGUGCUUCAACCCUGAAGACACAAAAAUACCAGUCAAGCAUUUGGGCCUGUCAAUAGCUGAGGACUCCAACCGCUCCCAAUUCACAGUUUGCAGUCCAAGUGUAGUCCGUGAAUGUUACGGGAACUCCUAUAUGAACAGCUCUUUCAGGUCCAGACCCAUUUUUAAUGUCACAACACGUCUCUCUUUUGACCCAAACGAGAUAAGCACUGAGAAAAUUGACUGCCUUGAUCACACUGAUGCAAAUUUACCAAUGGUUACCUUACAAGCCUGCUUUGAAAUAGUAGAAACAACAAAGAGCAAAGCAGUGGCAAUGGACCUAGGACUGAACAUCUCGUACACACUCGAAGUGGAUGCCAACAGACAAACUAAUCGAGGUUUCUUCAGUCAAACUCCCAAGAAAGCAAGGAAUCUCACCUCUACCUACAAGCUGAGGGAUCCAGACACCUGCUUCAACUACACCAUCUACAUGCCAAAAUGUGUGAAAGACACAUUAUUGCCCAUCAGCAUCAAACUAACCUUUUCCCAAGAUGACAGUAAGAGCGCAAGUGCUGUCCUAAACAUGGACAGCAAAACACAGGCUCUUGUUCAGAGCGGGCCAGAAGAAAAUGGUUACUAUAUAUAUUCGCAGAUAGAUAAUCUUGGUUUCAAGGACUUUCCUGUCAAUGUGUCCCUGUUCUUCCCAACUAAACUGGAACAUAACUUUGAAAUGACAAACUAUCAAGUCUUUGUUCAUCAGAACAAAACUCAAUGCACAGGCAUUACCACGAUGACAUCUGAUUACUGCUUGCCAGAAAAAAAUUGCAAACUCAUAGUGUGUGACAGUUUCAUCCUGAAAAGAGAUUCACCCAUUGAGAUUACACUGUCAGGAGACGUACACUUUAAGGAUCUAAAACAGCAUGCAAUGAAUAUUGGUUUUCUUAAAAAAUAUACUGGAGACACCGCAGAGGUUAAAUUUAAAAGUUUUAUAUAUGUCAACUAUGACAAGCAACGCUAUGUGCUGAAUUCUUACAAACAAGAGAGAUCUGGCAACAUUCCAACAGAGACAAUGACUGAAGUUCGUGUUGAGUUCGUAAUCCCCCCAGAUGAAGUAGUGAUCAUUGCAACUGGAGCUGCCAUGGGACUCUUGCUUCUGCUCAUAAUCACUGUCAUCAUGUUUAAGUUGGGUUGCUUUAAGAGGAAAAGGCUUGAAUACUGUGAAGUACAGGAAGAAGAAACAGCUCCUCAGGAUGGCAUCCCUGCUAAGUCCACCACUGGCACCACCCAGGGGAUAUGCAGCCAUUCGGAGACUGACAGUAAAUCUGACCAACUUUCAGCGCACCAAAGCCUCUUGGAUGAUGGUGAGGCCAACUGCAGCACUUCAUCAGUUCAUUCCUAGGAAGAACUGGAAUAACCGUUGACAUUUUGUCAAAUAUGCUCAUUCACUUUUUUGCUAAGACUUAGAUGAGAAGAUUGAUGCCACUCAUGCCCGUCUGUUAAAUAUGAAGCUGGUGUCAGGAGAUGUUAGCUUAGCAUAAAGACUACAAACAAUGAGCCUUGCUCUCUCUGAAGAGAACAAACCCAACCUACCAGAUCCUUUCAAGCUCACUGAUUAAAAUGUUAUAUACUGUUU